ACCAGACGUCAUACUGAACGGCACUCUGCUGUAGCUGCAGUGAUAGCCAUAAUACACACAUAACAAUCAUGGCGGAGAAUGAAACCCUGGAGUGUAUAACGGAGCACGAGCGGAUUUUACAGGAAAUUGAGAGCACCGACACGGCUUGUGUUGGUCCCACUCUCCGGUCUAUUUACGAUGACCAGCCCAACGCCCACAAGCGCUUCAUGGAAAAGCUGGAUGCCAGGAUAAGGAACCACGACCGCGAGAUUGAGAAGAUGUGCAAUUUCCACCACCAAGGCUUUGUGGACGCCAUCACAGAGCUCCUCAAAGUCCGCGCUGAUGCUGAGAAACUGAUGGGUCAAGUGACGGACACUAAUCGAAGAUUACAAGAGGCUGGGAGGGAGGUGACGGUUCAGACAGAGGAGGUGAUCCGCUGUCGGAUCCAGCAGAGGAACAUGGCCACCACUGUGGAGAAGCUCCAUCUCUGUAUACCAGUGCUAGAAAUGUACAGCAAACUAAAGGAGCAGCUCGAGUCCAAAAGAUACUAUGCUGCAUUGAAAACCAUGGAGCAGCUGGAGAAGGUUUUCAUUCCCAGGGUAAGUCAGUACAGGUUCUGUCAGAUCAUGGCUGAAAAUCUGCCCAGACUGAGAGAGGAGAUCAAGGAGAUCUCCAUGUCAGACCUCAAGGACUUUCUGGAGAGCAUCAGAAAACACUCUGACAAGGUCGGAGAGACUGCCAUGAGACAGGCACAGCAGCACAGGACCUUUAACAUUGCAGUAGCCAAGCAGGCCAGUAUGGGCCACUACACCAAGCCUGUGUACUCCCUCAACGGACAAACACACACUCACACUCACAAUGGCCUGAUGAUGGACGACGGAACGGGAGACGAGGAAGAAGCUGAUGAAGAGGUUCUUACAGCUCAGGACCUGGUGGACUUCUCACCUGUCUACAGGUGUUUACACAUUUACACUGUGCUGGGUGACCGAGAAACAUUUGAGAACUACUACAGGAAACAGAGGAAGAAACAGGCCCGGCUAGUGCUGCAGCCACAGGCUAACAUGCAUGAGACAGUGGAAGGCUACAGAAGAUACUUCAAUCAGAUAGUAGGGUUCUUUGUUGUGGAAGACCAUAUCCUCCAUGCCACGCGGGGUCUGGUGACCAGAGCUUUCACUGAUGAACUGUGGAACAUGGCCCUGUCCAAGAUCAUCGCUGUGCUCCGCACACACUCUUCAUACUGUGAUGACCCAGACCUGGUCCUGGAGCUGAAGAACCUCAUAGUCAUCUUCGCUGACACACUACAGGGUUAUGGUUUCCCAGUCAACCGGCUGUUUGACCUGCUGUUUGAGGUCAGAGACCAGUACAAUGAAACUCUCCUGAAGAAGUGGGCGCUGGUUUUCAGGGAGAUCUUCGAGUUGGACAACUACAGUCCCAUCCCAGUGGAGACAGAGGAGGAGUAUAUACUGGUAGUCAGCCGCUUUCCCUUCCACGAUACUGAGAUAGAGAAGCAGCAGGACUUUCCAAAGAAGCUGCCAAUGUCCCAGUCUGUCCCUCAGAUCUACACACAGGUCAAAGAGUUAAUUUAUGCCAGCCUCAAGUUCUCUGAGUCGCUACACCGGAGUUCUACAGAGAUUGACGACAUGUUGCGAAAAUCAACCAACCUGCUGCUGACAAGAACGCUCAGCAGCUGUCUGCAAAACCUCAUCAAGAAACCUCACAUAGGACUGACUGAGCUGGUGCAGAUCAUCAUCAACACCACCCACCUGGAGCAGGCAUGCAAGUAUCUGGAGGAGUUCAUAACGAACAUCACCAAUGUCUCCCCUGAAACAGUACACACCACAAGACUCUAUGGCUUGUCCACGUUCAAGGAUGCUCGUCACGCUGCAGAGGGAGAGAUUUAUACCAAACUCAACCAGAAGAUUGAUGAGUUCAUCCAGCUAGCAGACUAUGAGUGGGGUAUGGCUGAGUCGGACGGCCGUGCCUCUGGAUACCUCAUGGACCUGAUCAACUUCCUGCGUUCCACUUUUCAGGUCUUCACACAUCUCCCGAAUAACAACAAUGACCAUGCGUCGAUGUCGGGUAAAGUGGCCCAGACGGCUUGUAUGUCAGCCUGCAAGCAUCUGUCCACAUCACUGAUGCAGAUGCUGCUGGACACAGAACUCAAACAGAUCAGUAUGGGGGCCAUUCAGCAAUUCAACUUGGACGUCAUUCAGUGUGAAUUGUUUGCCAGUUCAGAGCCGGUGCCUGGCUUUCAAGGAGACACACUCCAGCUGGCUUUCAUCGACCUACGACAGCUCCUGGAUCUGUUCAUGGUGUGGGACUGGUCAACGUACCUGGCGGACUACGGUCAACCAACCUCCAAAUACCUGAGAGUGAACCCAGCCACCGCCCUGGCUCUACUGGAGAAAGUCUACAGGGGGAUGAAGGACACCAGUAAGAAGAACAACAUCUUCUCUCAGUUCAGGAAGAACGACAGAGACAAACAGAAACUGAUAGAGACUGUGGUCAAACAGCUGAGGAGCCUGGUCAACGGCAUGUCCUCCUAAACACACACACACACACACGCACACACACACACACACAGGAGAGACGUGUGCGUCACAGUGACAUGCACACACUGAACUGCCAAGACGCUCACAGAGGAUGGAGAUGUUCGCACAUGUAAUGAAGUGAUAACACACAACAUGACAGUGACACAUUCACACACACAAAAAAAGGGACAGAUAGGCCGCUUAUACACACACACACACACACACACAUAAAGGCACAGCAAUACACUCACUGUACAAGGCAUGCAGGGAACAUACACUAAAUACUCAAUGUAAAUAACACACACAUACUAAACACUUGACUGGACUCUCCACAGGAACAGUAAGAUGUUUGUAAAGUAUUUUUAGUGGCUAUGAGACAAACUAUGUUUUGUAUAUUGUGAGUGUAGGGAUUGUAUCUGCAGAGGGAGUGACGCUCACAAGUACUGGGACAAUGAGGUCAAAGGCCAAUACUCUGCACCCGUUGUACAUUCAACACGGCAACACUUCUACACAGAGCUCCUCUGUCCUCAUUGAUAACUUUGUGUUUAUCAAAUGUUUUGUUGCACUGCAUAUUAGGGCAGCAACAACUAAUUGAUUCAACCGAUUCAAAUAGAUGAUAAGAAUUUCAUGGAGCACUUGGCAGAAAUUUCAGCAUGGAUUAGUUGUUAUAAUUCACGACACGCUGUGGCACCAUCACCGUCACGUAGGGCGGGGCAGUAAGCCAGCCCAUAUGACCAAUCACAGGAAAUGGCGACAAAUUAUCUCCGUUAUCUCUGAAGUAAGCAUUUGAAAGCGGCGGAGGCCGACACUAACAACACAGCGGAGUAAAGUGCAGAGGCACGGUUACAGAUUCCACUUAAAAAACAAACCAAACGGGCAGAAAUAACAAUAACUUGUGAGGAUCAACGUAGCAGGGCCCCAGAUGAAGCUACGUUGGUCUGUUACAAACAGAAGGGAGGUAUUAAUGGAACAGGUACAUUUAAGGAAUAGGCUUAAACCGGGUCAGCGAGUGUGUAUCGUAAUGUUAAGGCGUUUUGGGAAUAUUUCAUGCCAUCAGUCAGGUGUUCAUUAUUCUUCACAACAUAAAUCUGAGUAAUAUCUGAUCAAAUGUAUGCUAGGUACAUUUCCCUCAGUGUGUGGCUGCAUGCUCAAUCUCCAAUUAUUGAAAUACAUUUUUGUAAUUGUAGUAAUUUUGCAUUGUACAAAAAGACAAAUAAGUUUUGUUUUAUGAAAAAAUGCUGGAAAUAAUCAAAUUUAGCUCUAUUGUUUUAAUGCGUUUAAUAAUGGAUGAAUCAAAGUAAUAAUAGAUUGAUCGAUUAUCAAAGUGCUUGUUGGUUGCAGCCCAGUUAACUCAUUGUCCCAACACUUGUGUUGUCACUGUGUAGUGCGUGUGUGCAAACACAAAGCGAUGCUGAGCUCAUAGAUGGAUGAUGACGUCUCAAAGGACUGAUGUUCAUGAAGAGAAGUGAGGCUUUGCUGAACUCCUCGGUGACUUUGCUUCCUGUUUGUCUCAUCUUCUGCCUCACACGGAGCAUUUAAACCGAGCUCCUGAGACGGAGCCUCACAGGGACUGAACACUGAGGAUCUUUCACACACAGAUUGUAGUUUGAAUAGUCUCAUGUUCUCUGCACACCAGCAUGUCAACAACAAGGGUUGAGAUCUGACAAGUGGCUUUUUAAAUGAUUUGGUCCAUCUUGGACAACACAACACACCAAUUUCCCAAAUAAUGCAAUCUGUUACAACAACUCACAUAUUGAUGGAGACAUAAGCCGGGUCAUUGCAGGCUGUUGUACUGGAUUGUAUUAGACUGCCCUGGUGGUCAGCAAAGGCUCCAAGGAGCUGAUGAGGGUUGUGCUUUGGUGUCACAGUGAUCACUGCAUGAGGCAUCUUAAUGGAGGGUUGAUGUCACCAUGUGAGAAAUGUACCACGGCCACAGGAAACUGAUGUGCUGCUAACAUGCUAUCAGCAUCUGGAUACGUUUGGCGUAAAUGCAAGCAAAACACGAUGUCAGGGGAAAUGAUUGUAGGUUCAAUGUCUCAGCUGUGAAUGACAAGUUGAGGCUUUUGGAAAAGAUGAAAUUAGAAAUGAGACGGACUAGUGCUAGUGCUAGCAAGAUUCUCCACUGGCUCUGAUUACCUUAUUCAAUUUAGAUUAUAUUCCUUUUGCCCUUGCAGCAUCAUUUUCAUGUCUACAAGGGACCAGCUCACAGUUUAGAACAGCGUCCUACGUAGACAGCGAGUGUAGUGUACACUGAGCCACAGCUCCAGGCUCGGGCUUCUCCUAUUGCUCUAACAAGCUUAAUAAAUACAGUUUGAUUUGAAUAAACAAAGUAGCCCACUGAGCUUAUAUUUAAUAUAUUGUAUUAUGUUUAUGCCCCUUGACCUCCAUCAACACCAAAGUAAACAAUACAACAUUAAUAGUGUGAUAGAACUGUAACUUUAAGUUAGGUAAUGUAACGUUGAGCAGCAGAAAGCUUCACUUUAUCAUUGCAGCUAAAGUUAAUGUUAGUUUGCCAACAACAUUAUCAUUAGCUAAAUAACUAGCUAACAUAAGGUUAACGUGCGUACACUGGCAGCUAUGCCAACAACCAGAUACAGAUCACAUGUUAAUGGAGUCCAACGUUCCCGGCACAUUUCAACAUGCACAGACCAACUGAGGCGUCAUUGUUACAUCUGAUGACCAUCACAUGUCCACCACUUUAAAAGAUGUUUGUUUUGCACCCAGUAUCACAGCUGUACUCAUUCAUCGCAGCCCAGCAGUGUUCGGCCACUCAGUGGCUGUGAGGGUGGUCUGGUGACAUCAUGUCCACGGUGACAUCACGGUGACAUCAGUGCAUGCCCUCUUCCUCCCUCUGUACAUCCUUGUAGGGUCAGGACAGUAUUUAUGUGACGUUGACUGCAGUUUUGUCUCACAAGCCACUCAAACUACUUGAUUCAUGCUUACAAGAAAACAAGGCCCACACGGGAAAUGAUGUUAUUGGUGAUUAUAUUUACAUAUAUACGGUAUAUUUAAAAGUUUAAUAAAUUGCAUUCUAAAUUCUUUUUGUUCCUCAGGGUGAAAUGAAGCUUUAGAAUCUUAUAACAUGUAUAUUUACAAAGCACAGCAAUAAUGAAUUGGCGGCAGGUUGAUGCUUAUCUAAAACCUGCACAUGACUAUUGAUGACAAACAUUUUGUAAUGAGACAGUUUCUAUUCUGUUUAUCUUUUGGGUCUGUGCUCCUUUUUCAGCAGGCAGUUUUGCACUGAAAGUUGAAUUUUUUUUUUUGCCUUUUUUAAAAGUUGCUUGUAAAUGCCAAUGUAUAUACUGCAUAUUUUGUAAAGAAAAUAUUGCAGCAGUCUGUCUGCAACAAACAGAAUUGGAGGUUGACACUGUAAUAUGUACCUCCAUCAACACCUAGGUAAAUAUGUAAUUAAUAAGAGUUUGCGUGUGUGAACACAGUACAGUGUGAGGAGCUCAGUGAUUUCUGUUGGUACCUUUUCUCCACUCAUUUGCAUGGUUAAGAUAUGAAAACAUAAGUAUAUUAUAUUCUAGCAUAGACCCUGUGUAAUAUUCCAGUAUGUAGUAUUUAAAGACAGAGUUCAACUAAAUGCUCAGAGAUGUUACCCAGGAUACAGGACCGAUCCAGAUUCAGUUUUCAUCAAAGGCUCUCCGUGCACGCGGCUCCUGUCUGGGUUCAUCUCUUGGCUGUAAACUGGUGCUCCUAGUUUGGAGGUGUGCACAGGGCCGUGCAUUCGUAUCCGAUUUACCAUAAAACAAUGUCCAAGUCUCAAAUAACAGCUGGGCCAGGCCUAACGCAUAAUAGCCCGGGAAAAACCAUUGAGGAUAUUGCAAUGCCUCACAUAGUAUGACACACAUUUUCACAUCACUAAUUCCAUCAGUUCAACAGUCAUAAUCACCACUCUCUCUUUCUACCACAAGUACUGUUUCUGGCACUGCUUACUUCCACUUCUUUUAUUUAUUUACUUAUUUCAAAAACUCUUUCAAUGCUACAUUUGGGUAAACAAAUAAAAUAUGUUGUCGAAGAAUAUUUUACGAAUGCAUUUAAGUUUGCCACCGGCCAGAUAGCUGGAUCAACAUGAAGCGUUUAACAUGUCCUCGUGUUACCAGCGAGCGGAGUCCGGUUCCUUCAGAGGGUACGUGCUGUAUAUCGAUGUAACAGGGUUUCAUCAUAUGGGACAAAGGCCUGGCUCUCUGCCUCUGAAGUAAAUGUUUAAAUGCAUUUUCAUUAAUAUAUAAUGUGUCGCAUAAACUCGCAUGUGAGACAACAAAAGAAAAGAAAACUCAAAAUGAAUCAAUCUAUGGUCCUUUGACUUGGCAGCAUUUCAACAGCUUCCUAGUAUAAUGGCACAAAUCAAAGUUUUUCAUAACGCUGCUUGUUUGCCAAUGAUUAUUUCGAUGGAUUUAAAGAUAGUGAGGUAUUUAUUUUUUGCCUUCGACAGGAGUGGAGAGAGGGUACAUUUUGAUAUCCAAAGGAAUCCUUGCUUUACCUUUGUCACCCUGACUGAGAUGGUGUUUUCCUAAAUUAGUUCUUUUUAUUUUGUGUGCUGUAAUAAAAGUUUAUUCAACAAUAA